GGCUGUGAUAGGCAUUGUGUCCCGCAGUACAAUGUGGAGCUGCCGACGGGGCCUUACGCCCCUCCUCCAUCAUCUAUCCCCACAUUCCCACUCGUGCGUUCCGUACACGCCACCUCCGCCUCCCCACUCCACCCCAUGGACUCGCCGCCGCCGCCGCUCCCCGCCCCUCGCUCACCGGAUCCGUCCCCCUCCACCCUCCCCUGGCCAGACCUCCUCGCCGGCGCAGCCUCCGCCACCCGCCGCCUCGUCGCCGCGCACUCACGCCACUUCCUCGCGCUCUCCUCGCUCCUCCUCCUCCCGCUCGCACUCCUCCUACUCUCCCUCCCCUCGCCGCUCCUCCUCGCCGCCUCCUCCUCCCCCCACGCUGCCCCAUCCGUCUCCCUCCGUUCCCUGCUGGAUCCGCGGCCGAUCCCCCUGCCCGCGCCCCUCCCGCUCCUCGCCCUCGCCGCCGCGCUCCUCUACCUCGCCGCCUUCGCCGCCGCCGCAGCCAGCGCGCACGCCGGCUUCUUCGGCCGCCCCGUCAGGCUCCUCGCCUCCCUCCUCUCCGUGCCGGCGUCACUCCUCCGCCUCCUCCUCACGGCCCUCCCGGCUUCCCCUCUCCUGCUCCUCCCCCUCCUCCCUCUCCCCGCCCAGCUCGGCACGGGCCUCGCUGUUCUCGGCGUCCUCCUCCUAGCCCCCUUCUGGUCCCUCGCCGGCGCCGCCGCUGUGGUGGAAUCCACCGCGGGGCUCUCUCCGCUCCGCCGGAGCUGUCGGCUGCUCUCGGGCGCGCCCCUCGCCGCGCUCUCCGCGUUUCUGGUCUUUGCCGCGGGUAUCGGUGUCACGCUCUGGGGGUUUGGCGGGGUGGCCGCCGAGACCUACGAUGCUGCCGCUGGGUGGGCUGGGAUGGCGCCCGUGGUGGUGAAGGCGGUGGUCGGCACCGCACUGCUGGCUGUGAUGAUGCUGUAUGGGAUGGUGGCCAACGUGAUGCUGUACAUGCACUGCCGCGCGCUGCACGGGGACCUCGCCGGUGAGAUCUACAACGAGUUCGCCGACAUGUAUGUUUUCCUGCCAUUCGACGAGGGCAAGGAUCGGCAUGUCAUCUCCGUGGUCACGAUUUGGCCGUGAUUGGUUACCUUGUCAGCAAGCAGCGGUUUCGCAGAGCAGGAUGCAUUUGCUGCUGACCUGUGCGCAGGUUGCUGAUCAAGACGACUAUAUCCCUCGACGGCGUCACGGAUGGUCCAACACCAGAUGCGUCAGCCAAGGCUAAGCACAACGUGAGGAUGAGGAACCAAGCAGGUUUCGCAGAGAAUACGCGGACCUAGCAGUGUCACUGCAACGCCACCAUGGCGUCGGGAAAACCAGCUGGUGUCCCGCCCAGCUGCGCAUUGGAUGGUGAUCACCUGGCCAACGGAUGCAUCGAAGGAGGCCGGUCAUCUCAUUGCCUCUACCUCUUCCAUGACAUCGUGUAUACAUGCUAGGUGAACGAUCACUGGAUGCAGCCGUCAACAGUGCCAGAGUCACCGUCUCCUGGUAACGUCGUCGGCCCUCUCCUCUUACCGCCGGUGGUCAGUCAUGGCCUCUCCUGCAUGCUGGUAUAUGUUUUCCUCACGCUUGCAUUGCCACCACCCCUAGCCACGAUCAUCGUUCGCCGCAAAAGCCUGCAACAAGCCCUUAGACACCUCCCCGUGCACCGUAGCUUUCCGCCACCCGGAUCUACGAUCGGGAUUGGCAAGAUAACAAGAACUUAACCCCAUUGGCACUGCCCACUCGGCUGUCUUGGAGAAUACACAUGCCUUACUCGAGCAUGUGUCCUUCCGUUAGUUCAUCGGAGGGUCUCCUCCACUAGCAAAUCUUCCAAUCGAGGUCUUAGUUUCUGAUGCUUCUGUCUGAUAUUUACAUCAUGAUUAGUGGGACCUUAUGUUACAGACCUCGCUGAGAUUCAGAUAGAGAAGAAGGGACCCGAGGAAAAAGGAAGAAGCCUUGGGGAAGGAGUUGUUCAACGAGGACAAAUUGUCCUUGCUGCCGUUUCCGAAUUUACUUCAGCAAUGCCUCAUACACAGGCGAGUUCCAGUCAAGGUAACAAAUAGCAUUCGUAGUGGCCACUAUUGGGGUAGCGGAUCUAUGCCACUAUACCAUGUCAAGGUAGCAGGCUAAAUGUAACGAGCGGGUUGCAAUUGCAGGCUACAAUAACACUUAGCGGACCGUUACAUUACGUUGCAAAACCUAGCAGGCCAACUCAACUCCCUUGCUCAACCUUCACUCCAGCUGCCACUCGCCAGACGCCUAGGCCCCGGACCACGCUUGGCCUACGCCUCACACCAGUCAACGUCGCCAUCGCCCUUGCCCCGGGCCCCAACCGCCACCUACGGCCUAUCAGCGCCAUCCUGCCCCUGCCGCCGUCACCGUCGCCGCCCCGGCCUGACCUCCACGGCAUCGCCUGUGCUCCGGCUGCUCGAUUGUGCCCCGACCAGUCGUCCCCCAGCUGCUUGGCUAUGCCUCGGCCCCUGUUUGCUCAACCGCAGCAUGUGCCACGGCUGCUCCCCGCCCGCCUCAAAAUUGUGAGUAUUUUUAAAAUUCCGCUAUUGUAACUUAGCGUCCACAAAAUUACCCGCUAUCCGCAAUCCAUACCCGACACCAAUCCACUACCACCCGCUAUCUGCUAUUUAUUACAUUGGUUCCAGUAUUCAACAGGAUGACCUCCCGGCCGAUUACAAAACGGAAACAGAGCCUUCUAUUGUCGAACGGUAAACAGAGUAAAGAGUAUUUCAUCUUUACGCCUUGGCUCGCAGCUGGCGUCGUUCCUUCGCACGCCUGACGUUGCGCUUCCUCUUGCGUUUGACGCCUUCCACGGUCAUGACACCUCAGGGCAUGCCGUGGCUAGUCGCCCUCUUUUAUCUUACCGUCACAUUCUUGGGCCCUGCUUCAUUUGUUUAGUGUGCGGUGCUCCACCACGCUGAUGUGAACAUGUGCUUUAAUGUUUAAUCGCAGUGAUGAGUGCACUAUAGCAUGACACAGUAUUGCCGUUAAACGUCUAUCGAUAAGAGUUGAUGGUCACCAUUAAAUCUUUUUUGUCAGCAAAGGAUGCGAACAAGUGACUUUUGAGCCAUGAAGGAAGUGUCCCCACGCAUGCAUCGAUCGGCAGCUAUCAGAUUCGAACCGAACAGUAGGUGUGCUGUAAGGUCCGCUAUCGCUAGCUUGAGCUGUCCGUCUAUCCUAUAACCCAACUCAAACUGGAAAACCGUAUCGUGAUCUAUAGUCUCUAGCUGAGGAAAGCGAAAACAGCUUACAUUUACACACCACGCCUGAAGUGGUGGCAAUGGAUACAGAAGAACUCUGAUUUUGUAUCGCGUUGUCCGCGCAUAAAGUUGUAUGUAUAUUGCUGUGAUUUCGACUCUUCAUGAGGUACUGAUGCUAAUUGCACAUAUAA